AUGAGUACAAUGGAUUCAGUUGGCUUUGCUUACCACAUGUUCGAUGAAAUACCUUUGAGGCAUUCACAACGAUUGUCAAAUGGAAGGCUUGCAAUUUUGGGUCUCAAACCACAAACUUACCAGCAAUGGCACAAUUUGGGCAACAACAGUGAAGAAUGGAAACCUGUCUUUGGACAAAAGAGACAAAUGGACGGAUCUGUUGUUAAGGUGGUCGGGGGGGGGGGGGGGGGGGUUAUCAAACUCUUAUCAGCUUUGAUAUGGAGAGAAAGCUUGACCAUAUGCAAAAGAAGAUUGGAUUCAUUGGAACACUUCUUAUUGAGCCCAAGGCUUUUCAUACAUCUUUAUACAAGAAAAGGUCCAUGGUUUGGGAUGUCUAAUGUUUCUUACCUUAAUAAAUAUCGAACUAUCAAUGAACAUGGAGAUAACCCAAUCGAUUGUUCAUAUUCAACAUCGAUCUCAUCCUUCUCUCACUUAAAUACCAAACCGAUGAACUCAGCUGGGCCAGCAAGCUGA